AUAUUAUUAAGCAUUUGACCGCAAAAUAUAAAAUCUCAAAAAAUAUAUUUACAGAAAAGAUUUAAAAAAAAAAAAAAAUACUAGGAGAAGGACGUGUCUAACAGCAAGAAGCAAAGAGAAAGCGGGAGGGGCGAAGCUGGCGAAAUUUGCUGCAGCACAUCAGAGACGGACAAGACUCGGACUACAAGCCCUAGAAGGAUAGAAAGGAGCAGACAGAAGAACUUUUAAGAACGUAACGUGGAAAGUUAUAUUACUCGCAGAAAAUUAUUGACACCAAACAGAUUUAUAUAUGAAGUUCAACUUUUAGUGAUGAAAUCAUUGAAUGCUGGAUGCAUCCAGAAAUUAUUGUCGGCCAUUUGAAUUCAAUUAUUAAUCCAGAAAUUCUAUCACAUGUAUAUAUAUACAUUUGGACAAAAGUAGCAGCGGAUAUCUCCACCGAUUGUCAUUUUAUACUUUUUCAAGAUAAUUAUAUCAUACUAGAGGAGCAACACCUGCCCGAGAUAGGGUUCUGAUCGGAGAACAAGCAUGGACGCAGCCAAGGAACAGUUUCUAGAAAAGUUUGGUCGCGAUUACGGUUAUCCGGACGGUCCUAAAAGUAUCGAUGAAAUCCGAGCUGCUGAAUUCAAGCGAUUAAGCCAAAACGAUACUGUAUACUUGGACCAUGCUGGAGCUACUUUAUACUCUGAAUUGCAGAUGGAGGCUAUCUUUAAUGAUCUCAAUUCUAGCGUUUAUGCAAAUCCUCAUAGCCAAAGUGAAGCUAGUUCUGCAACUCUUGAUAUAAUAAGGGAAGCACGGCAACAGGUGCUCGAUUAUUUCAAUGCGUCUCCUAAAGACUACAAAUGCAUAUUCACAUCUGGUGCAACGGCAGCGCUGAAACUUAUUGGAGAGGCCUUUCCAUGGAAUUGUGAAAGCAGUUUUAUGUACACUAUGGAAAAUCAUAAUAGCGUGAUUGGGAUCAGAGAAUAUGCUCUCAGUAAAGGAGGUGCAGCUUUUGCAGUAGAUAUUGAAAGUGCUGCUUCUCAUGCUGGAGUAUACAAAAGCGACAAAAUCUCAGUAGAAGUAUCAUUGCGCCCUGUCCAACGGAGAAAGGAAGUUGAACUUCAGAAAAGGGAGGCAAUGGGUGAUGCUUAUAACUUGUUUGCCUUUCCAUCAGAGUGCAAUUUCUCGGGUUUCAGAUUUAGCCUUGACUUGGUGAACCUUAUUAAGCAAAACCCAGAAAGAAUUUUGAAAGGUUCUCAGUUUGGCAAGGGGAGCUGGAUGGUCUUGAUUGAUGCUGCAAAAGGAUGCGCAACACAACCGCCAGAUUUGUCGAAGUAUCCUGCAGAUUUUGUUGUACUCUCGUUCUAUAAGUUAUUCGGCUAUCCAACUGGACUUGGUGCUCUCAUUGUUCAAAAUGAUACUGCUAAAAUAUUGAAGAAGACUUACUUUAGUGGAGGCACUGUUGCUGCGUCAAUUGCUGAUGUGGAUUUUGUCAAAAGAAGAGACAACAUUGAAGAGAUUUUCGAAGAUGGCACCAUUUCAUUUCUAAGCAUAGCUUCUAUACGCCAUGGAUUCAAAAUACUCAAUUCUCUAACUGCACCUGCGAUAUACAGGCAUACUGCUUCACUUACAACAUAUGUGGAGAACCUGCUUUUGGAUUUAAGACAUGAAAAUGGGGCCAAUGUCUGUACAAUUUACAAAAAGCAGGUUUCAAAGGUAUUUUGUCAUGAAUCAGGUUCCAUAUUGUCAUUCAACUUGAAAAGGCCAGAUGGUUCUUGGUUUGGAUACCGUGAGGUGGAAAAACUGGCUUCAUUAUCUGGAAUUCAGUUACGGACAGGAUGCUUCUGCAAUCCUGGAGCAUGUGCAAAAUAUCUUGGAUUGUCUCACUUGGAUCUUCUUUCUAACUUAGAGGCCGGUCAUGUUUGUUGGGAUGAUAAUGACAUACUACAUGGAAAGCCAACUGGAGCAGUUAGAGUGUCAUUUGCUUACAUGUCAACAUAUGAAGAUGCCAAGAAAUUUAUUGAUUUUAUCACAAGAUCAUUUGUAUCAACACCAAAUAAGUCUGCAAUUGUGCAUCUGUUGAGAACAAGGUCCAUCCCCUUUUCAACUGAAGGCCAGGAAAGGAGACACACAUCUACGGGUUAUCAUGUUAAGACCAUUACAGUUUACCCAAUAAAAUCAUGUGGAGGAUUUAGCGUGGAAAGGUGGCCUCUGAGCAGUACUGGUUUGCAACAUGAUCGAGAAUGGCUUCUUAGAAGUCUAACAGGUGAGAUCCUUACGCAGAAAAAGGUUCCUGAAAUGUGCUUUAUUAGUACUUUUAUUGACCUGAAUCAAGGGGUGAUGUUUGUUGAGUCACCUCGUUGUAGAGGGAAGUUACAGAUCAACCUAAGUACAGAUUCAUUUUCUGCUGCAAAAGAAGAAAUUGAGUUGAAUGCUAAGAGAUUCGAAGUGCAGCACUAUGAAAAUGACAUCAAUAUAUGGUUUAGCAAUGCUGUAGGUCGUCCCUGCACUCUAUUACGAUAUUCCAGUUCCAAGUACUAUGUUUGCAGGAAUAAGAACAAUAAGAUGAGCAUGUGCAGAGAUGUGGAGAGCAGAUUGAGUUUUGCCAAUGAAGCUCAGUUAUUAUUAAUAUCUGAGGAGAGUGUAUCUGAACUCAACAGCAGAUUAAGUCUCAAUGUGCAAAAAGGAACUCAUGGAACAUCCAUUCAAAUUGAUCCAAUGAGAUUUCGGCCCAAUCUUGUCAUAUCUGGAGGUGAACCUCACGCAGAAGAUGGUUGGAGAAGUCUUGAAAUUGGGAGCAUGUAUUUUACGUCAUUAGGUGGAUGCAACCGUUGCCAGAUGAUUAAUUUAGUAAAUCAAGGCGGACAAGUGCAGAGGUCAAAUGAACCUUUGGCGACACUAGCUAUGUACAGAAGAGUGAAGCAACAGGGGAAGAUACUUUUUGGAAUAUUAUUAAGAUAUGAGGACAGCAGUGAGCUUGGGCAGCAAACAGAUUCAUGGCUUCGAGUGGGGCAAAAAUUACAUCCACAUUCAGAUUAAAUAGGUACAUAUGGAAGACAAGGAAUAGCCUAACUAUGAAAUCUGACUAAAGAAUAAAUGAAAGAGUUGAAUUGAGAAGCUUUCAAGUAGGUGGAUAACUGCAGCCUCCAACAUUCAGGAUAUGCAUUACUUCAGGCAUCUGGAACAACCAUUUUUGUGGAUUGACCAUACUAGGAUCUAUCCUGCUGCCAAGGCAAGGUGGCUGCAGUCUGCAGAUGGCCACAGCAAUUUUUUUUAGGCUGAAUCAUACCAUGGUGAGAUCAUUCGACCUUGGGGAAUGUUGCUGCUCCAAGCUAAUACUUUAAUAUGCAUCGAGACAUCAAUCUUUUUCUCUUCUCUGAAGGGUACUCGUAUAGCCUACAAAUUAGCUAACCUGUUUAAGCCGAAAGCACUCUAACAAGCGAGAGAUGAGUAAAUUCAAAAGAAUUAGUUUUCUUCUGCAGAAUCACCUUCUAGAAACUUCUUUGGUUUGGUCGAACAAGUAAAGCUAAGACAAUAAUCUGAAAGGUGCUAUAUGGGUUUAUUCAAAUAAUUGUCGUGUGGGACUCAAAUUGUGGAAUUUUGUUGCUUUUCCUACGCAAUAGGUGUAUUAUUUUAUCGUUUUUAUAAGAUAUUUACUAUCGGUGUUUGUCGACUUA